AUGGGCUUUCACUUUGCGAUACCAAUUCUGGCUCUCAGCUCAGCAGUUGCCGCGAGCCAAGAUGCCUUCCAGAGCAAAUGUGUCCAGUUCGGAAAUCAGAUCAACCUUCCGCACGUCAGUGUAAAUUUUGCAGAAUACGUCCCCGGCGGAACAAACCUCAGCUUGUCAGACAAUGCUCCCAGCUGUAACGCUCAGAACGGCGCGUACCAGAAUGUGACAGCUGAUCUUUGCCGUAUAACAAUGGCUGUCGAAACGUCCAAUAGCAGCCAAAUAACUUUGGAGGCCUGGUUUCCACGAGAAUAUAAUGGCCGUUUCCUGAGCACAGGGAAUGGUGGUCUUUCAGGCUGCAUUCAAUACUACGACCUUGAUUAUGCCUCUCAGUUUGGCUUCGCAACGGUCGGUGCCAACAAUGGCCACAACGGAACAUCCGGCAAACCCUUUUACCACCACCCAGAGGUGCUCAAAGACUUUGCUUAUCGCUCUCUCCACACGGGAGUCGUGGUCGGCAAGGAACUCACAAAGCAAUUUUAUGAUGAGGGCUUCAAUAAGAGCUACUACCUGGGCUGCUCAACUGGUGGCCGACAAGGGUGGAAAUCGAUCCAGCGAUACCCGAGCGACUUCGAUGGCGUCGUGGCAGGCGCCCCUGCCAUUAACUUCAGCAAUCUUAUUUCGUGGAGUGCCAGGUUCUAUUCGAUCCUUGGGUCUAACACCUCGGACACUUACCUUACUCCGGAUGAAUGGUCCCUUGUACACGACGAAAUCUUGAGGCAGUGCGACACGCUUGACGGUGCGAAAGAUGGCAUCAUUGAAGACCCCGAUCUGUGUCGACCCAUCCUGCAGACUUUGAUUUGCGCCGCCGACGCGAAACAGACAAGCAGUUGUCUAUCGAGCGCCCAGGUCCAUGCAGCCGAGCAAGCCUUUUCCCCGUUGUACGGCACGAAUGGCGAUCUCCUAUAUCCUCGCAUGCAGCCUGGCUCGGAGAUUUUAGCCUCAUGGAUUAUGUAUAAUGGGGAGCCUUUCCCAUUCAGCCUGGACUGGUUCCGCUAUGUGGUCUACGACGAUCCAUCCUGGAGCGGGAACUUCACCGUUAAAGACGCGGCUGCUGCUCUUGCCCAGAACCCAUACAACAUCCAGACUUGGGAGGGUGACAUUCGCCCUUUCCAAAAGACAGGCGGUAAGAUCUUGCAUUACCACGGCAUGCAAGAUGAAUUAAUUAGCUCGGAGGACUCCAAGCUAUAUUACUCCCACGUAGCAGAGGCCAUGGGUCAGUCGCCUUCGGAGCUCGACGAUUUCUAUCGCUUCUUCCCUAUCAGCGGCAUGUCUCACUGUGCUAAUGGCGACGGAGCUUCCGCUAUUGGCCAAGGCACACAAACCUACGCUAGCAGUGAUCCGGAGAGCAACGUUCUUAUGGCGAUGGUCAAGUGGGUCGAAGAAGGGGUGGCUCCUGAAACAGUCCGCGGUGCCAAGCUAUCUGCUGGACCCGGCAGCCAGGCUGAGUACUGGCGCAAGCACUGUCGCUGGCCUCGUCGGAAUUUCUUCAAAGGUCCCGGCAAUUACACUGACGAGAGCGCUUGGCAAUGCAUUUAG